UGCAUAAUCUGUGUAUAUGUGCAGGAAAUUACCAUUAAAUCAGAGCACUACAAGGACGUUGUGGCGAAGGAGGAGCUGGUGUACCUGACGUCAGAUUCUCCUAACAUCCUGGAAGAGAUGGACCCUACAAAGGCUUAUGUGAUAGGAGGGCUGGUGGACCACAACCACCAUAAGGGGAUCACCUUUGAGAAGGCCAAGGAGCUGGGGAUCGAUCACGCUCAGCUUCCUCUCAGCAGCUUUGUGAAGAUGAACAGUCGGAAGGUUCUGGCAGUCAACCAUGUGUGUGAGAUCAUCCUGGCGUACCUGGAGAAGGGCAGCUGGAAGGAGGCCUUCUUCACCGUGCUGCCCCAGAGGAAGGGAGCGGUGGCUGUGGACAAGGACGGAGCAGAUCAUCAGGAGAAAGAAGCAGAAGAUUCAGACUCUGACUCGGACCCUGAAACACAACAGCACACUGAGAAGGCUCAAACAUAGUUCUAAUGGACAACUGAUGAUAUGAGAAAACGUCUGGAUAUAUUGAGGCUGUUUCUAUUCAAAAAGCAUCCGUUUGUUUGACAUUUCCAAAAGUUUUUUUUUUUAAAAGCCAUAAUUUAUUGAAAGUUUUACUAUAUUUUACUUGCCUCCUGUAAUGGGUAAUAACUUAGUUGAAAAGCCAAUUGAAAUUUUUGUUUUGCUACAUUUAUUGGCAGAAUUUACAGAAAUGACUUCAUAGACUACUUUACUUUUACUUUUCCCUUUCUUUGAUCAAAGUUCAAGCUGUUGUUGCAAAUGUAUUCAGUUAAAACUAUUUUUUAAAGCAGGAUAAAGUCAACACAAAAAUGAUUGUUGUCACCAGGAAUUCUUGGAGUAUUAUAGACACUAUAUAAAAAGGAAGGCGUUUGGUACAUUUUAUGAACAAGUUAAGUUAAUACAGAAUUCUGUAGAUGGAUAUAAUGCAGGAUAUCACACAAAAGGAACAAUUUAAUGAUAAAUGAACAUUAUUGCUUACUAGAAAAGUAAAAACGAACAUUCAAAUGA